UUCUGUUCUUUCUCCCUUUCUUUAUAAAACAAAACUUGCGUCAUAACAUUUCAUCUAUAAGAAAUCAAAAUGAGAAAACCUUGAGAGUAUUAGUGAUGGGUAGUUGUUAAGUUUGUCUCGAAUUCUUGAUGUGUUUUGAAUAACGAUCCACUCCUAUAUAUUUUGAUGGUGACCCGAAUGAGAAUUUUUCUGAGAUCUAUGAUGGAAGCAAAAGGAUUGGACCGAUAGGCAGCAACCGAUGGAUCGACCCAUGACUUUGAGGAGUAGAUAAUGUACAAUCUUCUUGUUGAGUAAGUCUCUGUAAUUUGGACGUUUUACGAGCUAGGGUUUCAAAGAGAGUUUUCUCGUUAUUGUUUGGGUAUAAUCUCUCUUCUAUAUACAUAGUUAACCCAAGGACCUAGCACACUACAUCAGUGUAUGAACCUCGUUAAAUCUUUAUAUUGUAUAGAUCUGUAUUUGUUUGCUUUCGUAUAUAUUGAUGUUUGCCAUGAGAGUAGCUUAUUACUGCAAGGAAAAAACUAGGGUCAUACCAUUUUUUUUCUUUUUCCAUGAGAGAGAACCCUUCGGAAGCAAAAAGCUCAUUCCUACUUUAUAAAGCUAAUUGUCAGAUUUAUCCAAAGUUUCGACAUUGAAGAGUGUUCCCUCACUUCCUCUGCUUCUCUCUCUCUCAUAUUUCUGCUUCUAUUGUGGAACCCUCGUUUCUUGACCUCUUUUUCUCUCUCCGAAAGAAGAAGAAGAUGUCAGCUGUGGGACAGAUUUUUGGAGGGUCCUUCCUCUCGGCUUUCCUUCAAGUGGCUUUCGAUAGAUUUGCCUCUCCCGAGUUGCUAGAUUUCAUACUCCGAUGGGAAAUCAACUUGGAUGAAGUGGAUUCACUGAAACUGACGUCAGCCAUGAUUCAGGCCUUAUUUGAUGAAGCAGAAUUGAAGCAAUUCACCAACAUUGCUGUGAAACUGUGGCUGGACCACCUCAAACAACUCCUCUAUGAUGCAGAGGACAUAUUGGAUGAGUAUGCCACUGAACUUCUACGCCUGAAAUUGGAAUCUGCUCACCAAACCCAACAGGUAUGCGACCCUGUUCCUCUAACUCCAAUUGAAAGUAGUGUUUCUUCUUGGUUGAACUCUGGCAUAGAAUCUGCAGUUAAGGGCAUCAACGAAACUUUAGAAGGAAUAAAAGGCAUUGGGCCUAAGCUUUAUAACAUCGCCAAAGAGCUGCGGGAGAUUAAAAGGUUUGGAUCUAAAGUAAGAGAUAUCAACCAGAAGUUAAUAAGUGUAGCACAAGAAGGUGUUGCUCUUGGUUUGAACUCGAGCAUGGGAUCUGGGUCCUCAAGGCCCAUGGUUCUCAGUCCAAGGACACCGACGAGUUCUUUGGUUAAUAGAUCUAAAGUUUUUGGCCGAGAGGAAGAUAUGGAGAAGAUUGUUGGAUGGUUGCUAGCAGACAAAACUCCAUGUCCUUCUGACAAUAACAAUAAUUUCUCAGUGCUACCCAUAGUCGGCAUGGGUGGAGUUGGGAAGACAACCCUUGCUCAACUUGUUUAUAACGAUGAGAAAGUUAAGAAGCAUUUUCAUUUGAAAGUUUGGGUGUGUGUAUCGGAGGAUUUUGAUGUGGUGAGGUUAACCAAAGAAAUUUUUGAGUCAGCAACUGGGGCAUCCCCUCCUAAUUCAUUCGACUUGCUACACAUGAAACUUCAAGAAGCAUUGAGUGAGAAAAAAUUAUUAUUGGUUCUAGAUGACAUGUGGAGUGAGAGCUACGAGAGAUGGGAUGCCUUCAGCACCGCUUUUGCAUUUGGUAAACCAGGAAGCAAGAUAUUGGUUACCACAAGGAACAAGGGUGUUGCAUCAAUCGUGCGCACAGUUCCAUACAAUCAUUGUCUAAAAGGUCUGUCAGACGAGGCUUGUAUUGCACUAGUUGGAAGACACACUUUCAAUGAUGAAAAUUCACUUGAUGCAAAUCAAAAGUUGGAAGUAUUUGGACAUGAAAUUGUGAAGAAAUGUAAGGGCUUACCUUUAGCGAUAAAAACACUUGCUGGCCUCUUGCGAGAUAAAAAGGAGAACAGUGAGUGGAAAGCUAUAUUGGAUAAUGAAAUAUGGGAUUUAAAAGAGAAUGAGAUUCUUCCAUCACUCAUGUUGAGCUACCAUCAUCUACCGCCUCUUUUGAAGAGAUGCUUCGCAUAUUGUGCUUUGUUUCCUAAAGACUAUGUAUUUAGCAAGAUUGAAUUAGUCGGGUUGUGGAUGUCAGAAGGUAUGGUUCAACCAAAAGAUAGCAGAAGGCUAGAAGAUAUAGGGGCUGGAUAUUUUGAUGUAUUAUUUAUGAGGUCUUUCUUUGAGUCAUCUAAUUGUUGUCGGCCUUGGGUGGCAGGCCGGAAGUUUUUUGACUUAUCAAAAGAAAUUCACAAAAGAUAUUUUUUUGAGUCAUCUAGUAACAUGGGAUUAGGAUUUGUGAUGCAUGAUUUGAUCCAUGAUUUAGCACACUUUGUUUCGGGUGGAAUAUAUUGUAGAAGGGAGUAUGAUAAGACAUCUCAAGUUCUUACAACAACACGUCACCUGUCCUACGUUAUGGAUAAUUAUAAUGUUGAGGCGAUAGAAUCAGUGGCCAUGAAAAGCUUACGUACCCUUCUAGUUCUAAAUGAUAUUUCGGGUAGUCUCGAUUACUUUUGCUCCACCAUGCAAUUCCAAUUCCAAUUCAUGCGUGUGCUACGUUUCAGAAACUGUUACAAUUGUGAGUUGCAUGAUUCAAUUGGCGAGUUGAAACAUCUUAGAGCUCUUGAUCUCUCAUUUUCUGAUAUUGUGAGGUUACCUGACUCAAUUGGAAGUCUUUACAAUCUACAAUCAUUGGUCCUUUUUGGUUGUGAGAGACUUAGACAGUUGCCUAAAGAUAUGGGUAACCUUGUAAACCUUCGAUACCUUAUUCUUCCCGCUCAUUGGGGUUUCCAUAAAAUUCCAUUAGGAGUAGGUAACUUGACUAGUCUUCAAUUGUUGACAUCACUUGAUGCGGAGCCAAAAAAAAAGUUGUCCCAACAACAUGGAACUUCGGACAAUUCAAAUUUGGAAGAUGAAAGAAAUAAUAUCCUUGGCCUACAGCUGCGCAAUCUCACAUCUCUCCGAGCUCUUCGAAUAUCAAAUUGUAAGAAUCUAGAGUCACUAUCCAAGGAACUACACACUCUACCAUCUCUCCGAAGAUUAGUAAUUGGAAGUUGCCCUACUCUUGUGUCCUUCCAGGAAAUAAGGUUACCCACCACACUUCAAGAAUUGAAGAUAUUUGAUUGUGAGAAUCUGGAGUCACUAACAAAGGAGCUACAAACACUAACAUUUCUUCAAGAAUUUGUAAUCGAAAGUUGCCCUAGUCUCAUGUCCUUCCAAAUAGGGUUACCAACUAUGCUUGAAGAAUUGGAGAUCAUCGAUUGCAAGAAUCUAGAGUCCCUACCCAUGGGACUACUACACAGUCUCACCUCCCUCCAAAGAUUAGAAAUCAAAGAUUGCCCUGCUCUUGGGUCCGUUCCUGACAUGGGCUUAUCCACCAUGCUUCGGGAGGUAUUGAUUCUAAAGUGUGGGAAUCUGAAUGCCUUGCCCAAGGGGUUGCACAAACUCACAAACCUUGAAAAAUUGGAGAUUGUGGAAUGUUUUUUUCUUAUAGAGUGCAAGAAUCUUGAACCCCUAUAUACCUUGGGCCUUCAUAAUCUCACUUCUCUUUCAUAUCUUACCAUUGGAGGAUGCCCUUCUCUCAUGUCCAUUCCAAAGGGUCUGCUUCCUACCAAUCUUAGAAAUUUUUGCAUCAGGGACUGCCCAAUUCUUGAAUCCCUACAUGAUGGAUUCUCUGACCUAACCUCUCUUAAACAUUUGGAGAUCCGGAAUUGUUCAAUGCUAAGACAACAGUGUCAAAACAAGGAAGGAGAAGAGUGGUCCAAGAUUUCCCAAAUCCCUAAGGUAAUAAUAGAUGAUGGCAAUGAAGCAUAACCAUAUUACCUUUGAAACCCAGAUCGCCUACCAUCGUUGGCCCUGCCCCCUCAUAAUAAACCAUCGAUGGAGUACUAUGAUAAAAGAGAAUGACCAGACAUGAAGAACAUGAGUGUUUGAAGCAAUAGACAUGCAACACAGAUAAUUAUUAUUGUUAAUGGGAAUUUAUCUCAGAUGGAAUGCUUCUCUUUGAAAACCUCAAGAAUCGGUACAAAGGAGUACUGGUGCAGGCGCCUCGACAGGCAGGACAAUGGUCUAACUAGCCGGUUAGUGAGCCGUGGGGGUUGCAAAGGGCGCAGGAGACCCCCCUGCAUAAUGGGGGUGUAGGGGUGUAGCUCCGCUCGAAUAUUUUAUUUGAGGGCAGUUUUGUAUUUUUCUUAUUAGGGUUUUUUUGCUAUAUAUUCAUAGCGAGGGUUUCUCUCUCAGUAAUGCAAGCAAUACUGAGAGGUGUGAGGACGAACGUUGUAACCCUAUUCUCCAUUGAUAGUAAAGCAGGAUCUCAUCUCCCUAAGGACGUAGGCAAUCUUGUCGAACCUUGUAAAUCUGUAUGUAUUACUUGUUCUUGUUUUUCCAUUAUCUUCUACAUCAUUUUAAGGUUACAUUUCUACAGAUCUUGGGAUUAUGGAUCUAACAUUUCUCUCUAGGAAAGAAGAUGUCAGAUGUGGAAGAUUUUUUUGCCUUCCUCUCAGCUUUCUUCUGGGUGGCCUUCGACAGGUUUGCUUCAUUUGAGUUGCUGGACUUCUUACUCCACUGGGAAAUCGACUUAGAUGAAGUGGACGUUUGCCAUAAUUCUUAUUUUUUAAUCUGAAUCCGAUGGACCAUGUAGGAUGAGUUGUACAGUUGGAAUAAGGUUUAGGAAGUUUGAUUUAACUGAUUAUGUGUCAAUCCAGAUGUUCUACGUGGGUCAUACCAUAUAAAUUCAUCUAUAUUUAAAGAUC